CCAUGUCCUUCAGCCCGAAGCACUCCACCCCCUUCUCAGUCAUCGACAUCCUGAGCCCGAUGGAGGACAGCUACCGGAGGUUCGGAGCCAUGGAUCCCGCCGCGGGGAGCCUCGGGUCCCACGUGGGCGCCUACCGGCAGCAGCAGGUCUCCCAGCCCGCAGCCGCCCUGGGACCCGGAGGGCCCUACCAGCACCAGCACCAGCACCACGGGCCCCACGGGGCGCCGCAGUUCUCCGGGGCCGUCGGAGGGUUCUUGAACGUCGGAGAGCUUCCGUCCUACCAGGAGACGGCGAGGGGGGGAGGGGCCGCAGCGGCGUGGUACCGAGACCCGGAGCCCAGAUACCCGACAUUCUCCAGAUUCAUGGGCCCCCCCCCCGGGAUGAACGUGACCGGCUUGGACUCCACCGUCAAGUCCCUGGUGACGCUGCACGCGGCCCCGCGCAGGAAGCGGCGCGUGCUCUUCUCGCAGGCGCAGGUGUACGAGCUGGAGCGGCGCUUCAAGCAGCAGAAGUACCUGUCCGCCCCGGAGCGGGAGCACCUGGCCGGGAUGAUCCACCUGAGCCCGAACCAGGUCAAGAUCUGGUUCCAGAACCACCGCUACAAGCUGAAGCGGCAGGCCAAGGACAAGCAGCACGACGCGGGUGGGGGCCCGUGCGCGACGACCCGCCGCUCCUCCUCCCCCCCCUCCGUGUCCCCGGCCCUCCCCAAGAACGCCAAGGCCUGCCGGAAUGACUCCGGCGGCGGCUCCGACCUGACGGGAAACCGACAGAGCAGCUCGGGGGAGGUCAUGGCGGUGACCCCCCCUCAGCAGCAGGUGAGCCGGCUGUCCUCCACCGAGGAGCUGGACGACUUGUCCCCGAGUCCCCCGCUGGGACUGCACGGCCACAUCAACAUGACGCAGACGGACGCGGCGCUGAUCGAGUACACGAGCAGCGUGAUCGGCUCCAAUCUACUGUACGGGAGGACUUGGUAAAAAAGGACAAAAAGCUUUUAAUUCCUUCCCGUGCGUAAAGUUCUGGUUCCUUUACGCACGCAGGACUCAAAAGACACUGCGUGGUUCGAGCCACACGGCGCGGACACGAAGCUGCACAUUAGAGCCUGGGCUUCCUCUUCAGAUGGACUUAUUGGUCUUUUUGUGACGGACGGAUGUGACUGCUGGUGCGUUCAAACCGUCAAAUCUCACGCGAGGAAUAUUGAGGAUGAGGCGCGCGCACCGCGCUUCAGUCACGCGCAGCGCUAAUUAAAUGAAUGGAGGUUUUAUCAAUAAGUUAAAAAAAGAAAGUGAAGCAAUAGUGUGCAGCCGUUUCUCCGUUUGGAUUUAAACGAAUUGAGAAAUAUUUUUCAUUGGAAGUAAAUCAGUAAAUAUUCUUUUGUCACAACGUCUUUCAGAAUAAAAGAAUUUCAUUUUGGACUUUAAUGUUUUUGUUUUGUUGAGUCUGACGCAUUUACACAGGUUUUUAAAUGAUAUUUGGAACAAUUAUGGCACGAUUUACAAACUGAGUAAAAACUAAAAAUACUUCAGAUUAUCUGCAGUGCAAAAUAUAAUUUUUCCUUUUGUGAAUUAAUUUAAAGUAUAAUUAA